ACUAAGCUAAGUUGGCAGCAAUUUUGAUAGCCCAGACGGUGCAAGUGUUAUUUUAAACGUCAAACUUCUAUGAGAUUAUUAAAUAUAUUAAAUACUAUAGGACAUUAUUACACAAAUUGACUAAGUCCCACAGCAAGCUCAAUAAGGCUUGUUUUGAGGGUACUUAGACCGUUGUUAUACCGACCGAUGUUAUAUACAUAUAUGAUAUAUAAAUAUUUAUAAAUACUUAAAUACAUAGAAAACACCCAUGACUCAGGAACAAAUAUCCGUGUUCAUCACACGGAUAAAUGUUACCAGGAUUUAAACCCGGGACCAUCGGUUUUAUCGGCUUCGGAUUAUGACGUAUAAACAACAGUUGCCCCGUCUGGGCUAACGAAAUCGCUGCUAUCUUAGCUUGGCCUAACUCCAUAUGUCUUGGUCAGGGGGUCAAACUAUAGUUUUCUUAAUAAUAUCAAAUCGUGUUGUAACAGCUCUAUGAGAUGCGGCGAUUGCAAGUUCGUAUUUCCGAAGCCCAACGAUAGACGAAGGGGAAGGCGUCACAGUCGAUAACGGUCGCCCGUUAAAAGCGAAAUAGCUGCGCCGACUGUAGUGCGAGAGAAUAGGAUAGAAGAACAGAUGCGGGCAAGCAUGCGGGCACUAAUGCGGGGGACAUUUUCCUCAGUCUGUUUAGCAGUGUGAAGCUUAGCUUUCGUCAUAUCAUAGCGCACGGAACGAAAAUAGAGCGAAGUAAAUAAAUAAAAUGUCGGAUUUGCUUGUAUGUCGAGCAUGUUUGCGGUGCAAAGUUCCUGUUUAUAAUAUAUUACGAACGAAAUAUCAAGAGGCGUUUGAGAGAAUGGCAGCUAUAUCGAUGGCAGACAGCAAGCCUCACGCGCUCUGUGCCCCCUGUCUGGAGACCCUGGACAAAUGCUGCAGACUGCAGGAGAAGUGUGCCAUCUCAGAAGGCAUCCUGAACCGGUUGCUGCAGGAGAACCAGCUCACUGAAGACACCAUUGCCGCAGUCGAUCGCCAGCAGCACAACUUAGUUGACACUCUUCCAACCUUCACAUUGGAGCAUAUGAGGCCCAGUGAGGUUGAAAAGUCGGAAGAUAUCAAGAAUAAGUUAGGCUCUAAUACUGAACCUUGGGAGCCCCAAAAGCUUGAAGGUCCCACACAUAAUGCUACGCUUAGAAUAAAGUCUGGUAAAAGGCAAAGUUCAGAAAAUCCCACAGACGAAGCCGUGCUUAGGAUUGAACCUGACAAAACUCAAAGUCUUGAAGAUCUGAGACAUGUCGUAGUUAAAACAGAACCAGAACAAAGUCCAGAAAAUCAUUCAAAUAAUUUAAUGCCUUGGAUCGAGCCUGGUGAAAUACAAUGCCCUGAAGAACCGGGUAUAUAUCAGAUGAUUAAAACUGAGCCUGGAGUAACGCAGAGUUCUGAAGUGACUAGUGACGUGGAGCCGGCAACGAGUCAUUCGGUCAAAGAACAACUCAACCAAUCUAGCCACUCUAUAUCUAUAGAAACAGUAAAACUUAAAGAGAUGCCGUAUAUCCAAAUUGAUGCAGGAAAAUUAUUAAAAAAUGUAAAAUCUGAAGAUGAUAAAAGUUCAGUGGAAAUAGAAGUGAACCAACCCAUUACCCAUGAAUUUGAUGAAACAAGUAACGCUAAAAAUAAUAUGAGAGGUAUUCUGGCUUCUAACUCAAGCAAAGGUGUCAAGGAUGUUAAAGUACAACAUUUUAUAGAAAAGUGUAACGUAGAUGGUAGAAGAAUAAAGAAGGUAUCGAGUGUUCAAUAUGAAGGAAAUAAACCAAAAACCCAAGCACAACUAAAACCUUACCAUUGCAACAAAUGCUACUACCAAACCCCAUACAAGAAGAGACUAAUGUACCAUAUGAAGAAACAUUCAGGAUUCGUCAUAUGCGCUGUCUGUGAUUACCAAUGUGCUACAAAAAGUAGGUUAGUGUCCCACCUUCGUGUACAUACUAAAGAACGUCCAUACAUAUGCAAAGAAUGCAACAAAGGAUUCACCGAACUAUGUAGUUUAACCAAACAUAUGAAUAUGCAUAAGGGAGUUAAACCUUAUAAAUGUUUGUGGUGUGAUUAUGAGGCUGCUAGUAAGAAUCAUUUGGACAGACAUAUCAAAAGGCACAUAGGUGAUAAGAGGUUUAAAUGUGAGCUGUGUGAUUACGCGUGUGUUCAGAAGUGGGAUUUGAAGAGGCAUGCGAGAACCCAUGAGAAUGAGCGAGCUCGGUCAUAUAAGCGGGUUGCUCCGGUCAUUGUAAAGACUGUUAGUAUAGCUAAGGAGUAAUGUAAUUUAUUUAGAUUACCUACCACUUAGAUACCCGUACAAUUUUACGUCAAAUGGCAGGGAUCACAUUGUCACUGCCAAUAGGGACCGUGCGCGUUGGAGGGUCUGCCAUCUUUUGGCCUGAAUCGGAACAAUAAACAUGUAAAUUUA